AAGCAACCCCACCGGAGAUGUCAUCCCCCACUCGGCCGGAGGUCAGAACUCGGUGAGGAGCGUCUCUCGUCCAAAGCCCCGACGCCGUCUCCUGUCGCCCUUUCACUCCGAAUUGUCUCCGCUCGCCCGCCGCUAUGUACCGCUACCUCGGAGAGCUGCUGAGCCGCUCGGCGGGCAGCGCCCUGGCCUCGGGCUGCGUGGACUCGGCUCUGCCGGCGUCCGCCUCCCUGCUGCGGGUGCGCCGCUACGCCGACGCGGCGGAGCAGCCCGACGACCCCAACUUCUUCCGCAUGGUGGAGGGCUUCUUCGACCGCGGCGCCGCCAUCGUGGAGGACAAGCUGGUGGAGGACCUGCGGACCCGCGAGACCCCCGAGCAGAAGCGGCACCGCGUCCGCGGCAUCCUGCGCAUCAUCAAGCCCUGCAACCACGUCCUGAGCGUCUCCUUCCCCAUCAAGCGGGACAACGGCGAGUGGGAGGUGGUGGAAGGUUACCGCGCCCAGCACAGCCAGCACAGGACGCCCUGCAAGGGAGGUAUCCGAUACAGCACAGACGUGUCUGUGGACGAGGUGAAAGCUUUGGCCUCUCUGAUGACCUACAAGUGUGCUGUUGUUGAUGUGCCGUUUGGAGGAGCCAAGGCCGGAGUGAAGAUCAACACCAAGAAUUACUCUGAUAACGAGCUGGAGAAGAUCACCAGGAGAUUCACCAUCGAGCUGGCCAAGAAGGGCUUCAUCGGACCCGGCAUCGACGUCCCGGCUCCAGACAUGAGCACAGGCGAGCGGGAAAUGUCGUGGAUCGCCGACACGUACGCCAACACCAUCGCGCACACUGACAUCAACGCGCACGCCUGCGUGACGGGAAAGCCCAUCAGCCAGGGCGGCAUCCACGGCCGCAUCUCGGCCACCGGCCGCGGAGUCUUCCACGGCAUCGAGAACUUCAUCAACGAGGCGUCCUACAUGAGCAUGCUGGGCCUGACGCCCGGCUUCAAGGACAAGACCUUCAUCGUCCAGGGUUUUGGUAACGUGGGUCUGCACUCCAUGAGGUACCUGCACAGGUACGGAGCCAAGUGCGUGGGCGUGGGCGAGAUCGACGGCUCCAUCUACAACCCAGACGGCAUCGACCCCAAGCAGCUGGAGGACUACAAGCUGCAACACGGCACCAUCGUGGGCUUCCCAGGUGCCAAGCCUUACGACGCCAACAUCCUGGAAGCCGACUGCCACAUCCUGAUCCCGGCCGCCGGGGAGAAGCAGCUGACGCGUCACAACGCCCCCAAAAUCAAGGCUAAGAUCAUCGCUGAGGGCGCCAACGGUCCGACGACCCCCGACGCCGACAAGGUGUUUCUGGCCAACAAAGUCAUGGUCAUCCCGGACAUGUACCUCAACGCCGGCGGCGUGACGGUGUCUUAUUUCGAGUGGCUGAAGAAUCUCAACCACGUCAGCUACGGACGCCUGACCUUCAAAUACGAGCGAGACUCCAACUACCACCUGCUCAUGUCCGUGCAGGAGAGUCUGGAGAGGAAGUUCGGCAAGCAGGGAGGACCCAUCCCCGUCGUGCCCACCGCCGACUUCCAGGCCAGGGUCGCUGGUGCCUCUGAGAAGGACAUCGUUCACUCUGGUCUGGCCUACACCAUGGAGAGAUCUGCCAGGCAAAUCAUGCGCACGGCCGCCAAGUACAACCUGGGCCUGGACCUGCGGACGGCCGCCUACGUCAACGCCAUCGAGAAGGUUUUCAAGGUCUACAACGAGGCCGGGCUCACCUUCACAUAAGCACGCUUACUUAACUUCCCGGUCACCCUCAUAGUCGUCUGCCCCCUCCACAACAUAUCACAGCGUCUGCGGCCCUGCUGCUCUUUGCUUAGAUCGCUUGAAAAACAACAACAAAGUAGACGCUGCCUCCUCGCCUUGUAAUAAACCUUCUUUGUUUCCCGCGUAGAAACAGCAAGUUCGAACAAACAUGUCCGUCAUGUCCUAUUUUCAUGUUUUUUUGUGAGUGUGUGGUUUUGAGCCCACAACACUGCAGAUGCCUUAAAGAUUAAAAGGAACUUAUCAUUUUGUCAUAAGAAAAAAAAAAUCAUUAUUUUAAUUUUUUUUUUUGAGUUA